GCAGACUAUUUUCAGGUUUCGGUUAGUAUUUGACUCUCUGACAAAGCUGAAACUUUCAAAAAAGCAUUAUCACCUACAUCUAGGUUGUUUCUCAAUCACCUAAUUGAAUCAAGAUGCGUUCCUUGGGUCUACUGGUAUUCACCGUCAUCGCCUUGUCUCAGACAGGCUCAGCUGAAUACUGCUUCUCGUGCUUCUCGACACGGAGUAAUAUCCAAUUCGACAUGUUCGAAGGGCAGCGGGGAUCGAACGGUACGGUCCGUAACGAAACCGGAACACACCCCACCACUCCCACCUCAUGGCCUGAUCACGGUGACUGCUAUUACCCGAACGAUUUUCAACGAAUGUACUGCGGGGACGGAUCCGGUUGUGAGAAGUUGAAUGCUGAAGUUUUGUUCACCUAUAUGGAAGGGGGCAAUAUACAAUGGGGAUCCCUCCAUGUGAUAUAUAUGGGAUGUGGUUCUUCAAGUCACUCUGCUGGCUGCGAGGCUUCACCUGGCUCAGUCCUUGAAUAUCUUCUGCCGUACAAGGAUGACAUUGAUCAUAAGAUUGGGAAGAGCCUCGAUUGGGACGAGGUACUAUCUGGAAAAGCUUGCAGUUGUUCUGGAGAUUUCUGCAAUGCCGCCACCAACGUCAAGAUGAGCUGCAGUCUGAUGAUUAUACUUUCUCUGUUAACCUUCUUUUGGAACAAGGUCUAGUGGGAAAAAACGUGUGGAAAAAACAAUACGUAACGUGAACAUGGAAUACACGACUUCGCAUUGAUAAGAAUUUAUGCAUUAACAUCGAUACACAUACAAAUAAAUAAAGUAACAUAAAUUUGUCAUUCUGUAUGGCUAGAGACAUUUUCUGAUUUAAGUUGAAUGUAGGAGUCUUAUACCGUCUUACAACAGUUUCAGUAUAUUGCAAAUCAAAAUAAGAAUAUAAUUCAAUCUUAAAUUGAAUAAGAAUUGAGUCCACCCCAAUCCUUGGCAAGAUAAGACACCAGCGGGAACAUAAUUAUGCCGGUUGAUGUGAUUUUUCUUUUAAAAGUUUAAUCAUCAUUGUGGCUCCUCGCUCCAUUAGAGUUCUUAAUCCAUUGCUCGAAAUGUAGUGUUCAAUCGUAUAUUUGUAGGAUAUAAUAUUUCAAUUAAUGUAUUUUUAUUUAACGUAUUCCAUUGAUUCAACGAGUGACAACCAAUAAAUUCCUUUAAGCAUAAACCCCAAUUGUGUAGCAUAUAUCAUAUGAAAAUAAGUUUUGCUUUAAUCGUUUUUAAACAGCAAUCUGACACAUAUGUACGCAAACAUGACAAAGUAACGACCAGGAAGUAAGAUUAUACGACAAGUGAGGAUCGAACUGUACACCUAACAUAACAAUGAAUAUCUUUCCGCAUACAUUCGUAAUUCCGAAACUUUGUUAUUCCGAAGGUUCGGAUAUUCCGAAGGUUCGUUAUUCCGAAGGUUCGUAUUUCCGAAGGUUCGUAAUUCCGAAGGUUCGUUAGUCCGAAAACGAAAUGAUUAACUAACCAUAUUUCGUGUUAGGACUAACGAACCUUCGGAACAACGAACCUUAUUUCGUUUUUGGAUUAACGAACCUUCGGAACAACGAACCUUAUUUCGUUUUCGGAUUAACGAACCUUCGGAACAUCAAACCUUAUUUCGUUUUCGGAUUAUCGUACCUUCGGAAUAACGCCACAAAUGUUCGGAUUAACGAACCCUUGAACCCUUUUACGUUUUCGGAUUAACGAACAUCGAGGUAUAGGCAAUUUGCGUGUUUUCGGAAUUACGAACCUUCGGAAUUACGAAGUGUAACCAUAUCUUUCGCGAAUUACAUGUUCAUUUUACCAACAUAGUGUCAAAUCUAUACAAACCAAAUGAUUAACUUUACACAACAAUUCACCGUUUUUACCAGAAUAAACUUUUUGUUUUGUUCGUAUAUGUCGGUUCUCAAUACAUGUGCCACCAUUAGUCAUUAUGAGAGACUUGGUCGACAAUAGCACGGGGCAGAGCCGCAAAUAUUAUUAAUGAUGAUGAUGAUAAUAAUAAUGAUAAUAAAAAAUUCUAUAUAUAAAUAUAUAUAUAUAUAUAUAUAUAUAUAUAUAUAUACACAACAAAAAAAGUAAGUCCCCCCUAAAUCAAAUUGCUGUAACUUUCGAACGGAGUUAUUUUGAGAUAUGAUAUUUCAUAGGUAGUUUUUUACACUAAUUAGGCAACUCCUGGGGAAAAAUGAGAUUGAUCGGUUGAGUCAUGCAUGAGUAAUUAAAGAUUGAAUUAAAAAUUGCAAUUUUUGAAAGUCACGAGAGUCGUUUUUCAGAUUGUGCAAAUACAAAGUUGGGCAAAAGUUGUUUUAAGGUGAAUUUUAUGGUGUUAUAAAUGCUGUUUUACUAUCCAUCAUUAAGCCACCCCACACACAAUUUUGAUGUCGUAUGUUCAUGGUUGAGUGAGCACAAUAUAGCAGGGGCCGCAGAAGCGGGGUGGGGCCCACUUGUUUUCCAAAAGCAUGUUCAAAAAUGUAAAAUGACCAUACGAUUGUAAUUUUUUGGAUGAUCAGCCCCCCACUCUUGGCUUAGCCCCUCCCCCACACUUUGAAAACCGUUCCGCGGCCCCUGUAUUGUGACGUAUCAUCAUGGACGUUUUCGGUAGUAUCCUCUACAACUUGCUAGGUCAAAUUAAAAAUGUUGGUGGCUCCCCAAUUAUAGGCCCCUCCCCCAUUUUUAAAUUCUGGAUCCACCACUGAUUUGUCCAUAAAUUAAACUGAUCAUGAGAAAUUGUUCGG